AUGGCUGCUCUAGUAGACGCGAAAAUACAGUCGCCACCGACGCCGUCGUCGGUGGACGACGAGGACAUGAAAGGAUGGUUGUUCAAGUGGACCAAUUACAUCAAGGGCUAUCAGAAACGGUGGUUCGUCCUUUCUAAUGGAGUGCUGUCCUAUUACAGGUAAUUUUUCCCUGUUUUGGGCUACCUAUGAUUGUGUUCUAUCCGGUUAUUUUACAGGAUACGCGACAUUAGAUUAUAACAUUGUACCCAAUUAAGUGUUCAUUCGAAAAUUGUUUAUCACUGUUGAAAAAAAAUAUACACUUAUAUCAAUGCGCAUCUCUGUUUUAUGUAUAGGUAAUCCAAUAUUCAUUUUCGUGUGUUCUACUAUUUCUACUUUGUUAUAAAACGGUUAGUUACAUUAGAUAAAAAAAAGUUGGAGCUCUAUAUAAUAUACCUAACUACAGAAUUAAUAUUUGACACAAGUAUGAGUAUAACAAAUUUGAGAUUUUUUUGAAAAAUAGUAAAUACCUAUGUAUGCAUAUAGCCCUAUACCGAAUUUUGAAUUUAUUUUCAUAAAACCAUAGUAUGUAAAUAAAAAUAUUUGACUUUUGAGUGUAUAAUGACUAGGGUAUAGGGAAGAUUUUUUAUUUUUUGAAAUACGUAAGUAUAGUUUUUAUUUAAAUAGUUUCUACUAUUUCAAUAUUCAUAUUGAGAUUUAAUGAAUUGGAUAUAGGGUUAAUAAUUUUAUUUACAACUUCUUAUCUAAAAUGGUUUAUUAUCUUUAAUUAUUGGAUGGAAUUAGACAAAUUAUAUUAUGGUGUUGUUUAGUUAAAUAAUGACAUAUCUUGAACCUUGGUUUGAAUAGGUUGUUAAUAGUAUCACUAUUAAAUUGAUAGUGUUAUGAUUUGUUAAUAAUAAUAGCCCAUUAUAUAAGAAGUACUAAUUAGUAUAUUGACUUAUCUAUUUAGUAGAUCAUUUUUCAUCAUUGUUUUACUCAAUAAUAAACAAGUAAAUUUACAUUGCUCAAUAAGAUUACCAAGUGUUAUCUGUAGUGAUUUUUAAGUUAAAUUAAUAAAUAGUAAUUUGUAUACAAUCAUUUAAGCAUUUUAACUGUUUCUAUUUGAUGUUAUAUUCCAAAUUGUUAUAUUUAAUUUAGAAUUAGUAGAUGUAUAAUUUACUUAAGAAAAUUUGUUUUUAAUCUGAAUUACAUAACUAAUUCAUUAAUAGUAAAAUUUAAGUAACAAUGUGCAUAGUUUUAUGAAAUAAAAAUAAAAUAAAAUAAGUAUAUGUUGCUUUGAAUACAUAACAUAUAAAUUAUUGAACUAUAAUAAUGCAAAAAUAAAUAAAACAAAUUAAGUAUUCAAAUUGUACCUAAAAUUUUACAAAGUUUAGAAAUCUUAAAAUUAUAGUGGAUUUUAAUUGAUAACAUUCAUUCAUUUUUGAAUAAAGUUAUCUAUUGUAUAAUGAUUAAUAAGUAAUGAUUCCAAUAAGUUGUACUCAGAUAGUUUUGAUAUUUAUCAAGUUUCUAAUAGUAACUUUUACUUACAAAAGAGUUGUUGAUUAAAUUAAUAUCUUAUAUUUAAUAUUGUAUAACUGUUUGGUUAUAUACUCUAUAAACCUAUCAUUAUUAUUAUUAUUUAUUAUUAGUUACCAGUGCCAUUGUCAGUAGCAAUUAACACAAGUAUUUUCCAAACAUCUUAAUAAGGUUAAUUUUAUUGCACAUAUGCACAUAUUUUGCUAUUACAAAUUUAAAAAGCAAAAUAGACAUUUAUGAUUAUGUUGGUGUAAUAUAAUAAUAAGUUAAAUACCAACAUGCAUUUAUAAUUUUACUUUUUAGUAAUAAUUAUGCUUAAUUAUGUGUUGAUGUAUUGCUUUAUUAUAAAUUGUAGGUACUAGUAAACAAAACCAUGCUGAAAGUUAACACCUUUAGAAAAAAUAAUGAUGAAUCUACAGGAUGAUUCAUUAAUCUUAGUCACCCCAUUUUUUUGAUUACAUUUUGCAUGUAUUCAAACUCUGAUUUUGGGAAUUUUUUUAGUGUAAUUUAACCCAAUAUUUUCAAAUACUUAGAUUUUUCACAACUUUUAAGGAGUAGGUAUCUUGUGGUAAUAUCAAUUUUGGUAAAACAUAUUAAAAAUAUUAUAAAUAGAUGGAGUAUGGUGGACUAUUAUUUUAAAUAAAUUUUGGUGUUAAAAUUUUUGGUUUCCAUUAAUCCGUUGACAAGAUUUCAUUUUUAGGUUUAGGUAGGGAGAGAGUAGUGGAGCACUAAUAAAACUCCAUGCGCCGUGCCACCACACAAAUGAUACUCCUCUAUUCUCCUCCUAUUUUAACUUAAAGGUUUACAUUUGCAAAUCUUAAGUUGGUAUCGCUACAGAAUAGUACUUAAAUGUUGUGAAAAAUCUAAGUAUUGAAAAAUAUUGAUUUUAACUACACUUGAAAAUUCCAAAAAUCAGAAUUUAAUUACAUGCAAAAGUUAACCCCCCCACAAAAAAAAAAAUUGGGUGAGCAAGCUUAGUAAAUCAUUCUGUAUAGGUGACAAUUAAGUAGGUUAAUUUUCUAAAAAUCUAAUUUUAAAAUUAAUUAAUAUUAGUGUAUUUAUCAUAGAAUUAUUAAACAUUCAAUGCAUAUAUUAUUAUAUAGAUAAAUAGAUUCUUAAUAAAAGUAUAUCCAUGUCAUAUUUUUAUUAAGGAUUUUUUCGCUGAACAUUAUAAUAUAAUGCUCCAUUCAAAAUCUAAGUAGAGUGAGCAAACUUAUGGUUUUACAAAGAUAUAUUUUUUUUUUUAAAUUGUUUAUUAUUUUUGUUAUUACUUAAAAUCUUAUGAUCGUAAAAUCGUAAAAUUGUAUGACAAAUAUUUUUUUUUUUUUACGUAAUUCAUUAUUAUGUUUAAAUUAUGUAUUAAUUAAUAAUUUACAACAGGCUUUUUUUAAUUCUUAAAUUCCAAAAAAAAUAUUAUUUUUAUAAUUUAGUUUACUUAUGUAAUUAUUUUACCAAUUAUCAUAAGACAUAAUAAUGUAAUAGUUAGUUAUAAUUAAGUAGGUAGAGUAAUUAUACAAGCUCAAUGUUGUUGGUUUUAUAAUAGAUAAUAUUAUUAUGUUAUGUGAUUGAAUUAGAUAAAGCAUGUAUUGUUUUUGUAAAGUACCUACAUAAUAAUAUAAUUAUUUAAAUUAAUUAAGUUUUUCUCUCAUUAAUGUUGUCUGUUAUUUCUUGUUAUGCUACCCUUUUGUGGUAUUGGUUUUACAAUGAUGUAUAUCUUUUGGUUUUUUCUUCUGUGAACAACUUUUCUACCAGAAAUAGUGUUCCAAUUUUCAACCAUAGAGUUUAAUGAAAAAAAAUUUGACUAAGAUGCUACUUAAGGAAAGUCAUUAUUUGGUUUUUUCAGGGGUUUACAUAAUAAAUGGGGAAAACCUGAAAAAUUUAUGAAAUUUAUUAUUUAGAAUAAUAAAUAUUACAACUUGUUAAAAUAUGUAUGACUGAACUCCUUUCAGAUUCGUUUUUUGUUAGCAAUGGUUAAUUGUUGUGUACAGAUAUACAUUAAAUUUCUCCUAUACUAUCCCAACUUCUCAUCUACAACAGUGGCCCAUCUUGCGAAGUAUGUCCGUUUGUUUUUUUUUUUUUAUUAUUGUAUUAUAUUUAUACAUGAAUUGUAGUUACACAUUUUUUUGUUUAAUAAAUUAUUUAUUACAUUUAUAAUAAAACAAAUUCUGUGGCUUAUAAUUUGAUAUCCAACUUUCAAGUCAGAUAUUAAAAAUUGUAUAAUAUAAAAACUAGAAAAAAGUUAUCGUUGUUUAAAAUAUUUAAAAAUGUGUAUACAAUUUGUCUAAUAUUUACAUCAAUAAGAAAUUAAAGUUAUUAUUAUUAAGUGUUACCUAUUAAUUUCUGAAUAAUUUCAUAUUAAUAUUAGUUGAUAAAUUUAAUAAAGAUCACAAACAUUCAUUAGAUUAUGUUAAUAUUUAAAGAUGGAUCUACUUACAAUAUUACACAAUUCUUUAUGGGAACAUAAUAUUUAUAUUUUUCAAAUAGUUAGUAUGUAGAUGAAAGUUUGGUUUCAUCAUUUCAAAAUCAUAUUUUAAGUUUUAAGACCUUGUAUGUUAGAAAUUAACUGUAACCAUGAACAUUCUAAUAGUAAUAUUAAUUCCAAUACCUAAUAAAAUUAUUUGUGUGCAAUUAUACAAGGUUUCUUAUUUUGUUUUAUUUAUUUAUUAGUACUUUUCUUGGUUCUAUCACAGAGUAAUAAUACCUGAAUAGGUAUAUUAUAUUAAGAUAAUAACUUAUUACUCAUUAUUGUGUAUUAUAAUAUGAAGAUAUGUGUCAUAUAUUAUGUUGAUAUAAUUUAGUAUAAUAUUGGUUAAUGUGUCUAUUUUAAUUUAAUGUAAGCUUUUAAUAAUCUCUUGUAACCUUAUAGUUUUUAUUUAGUUUGGUUAUGUUUAAAUUUAAUAUAUAUUUUAUUAGAUUUCUAAAAAAUUUAAAAAUUGUUUUUACUUAAAAAAACAAUUAUGUGUGUAAUUUUGUUUUUGGCUGGUGGGAAAUUUACGAAUAGGUUAAAAGUACUUGCCUUAUUUAUAAUAUAUUGUUAAGUUGCAACUAUGAAACAAUUUUUCUACUUUAAAUUUUGGUAUAAUAUGAAUAAUUAUAACUAUUAAAUGAUUUAAGUGCUGUAAUAUGUAGUAUGACAUUAGAGUAACAUGUUCCUAUAAUAUUCUGUUUGAAUAUAGACUUGUAUUACUGUUACUUACACUACACUAAAUUAUUAUUGUGACAUAGCUACAUAUCUCCAAUUUUUAUUAGAUAUGUAUUUAAUAUAUUAUACAAAACUUACUUUCACAUAUUUAUUUCUUCAUGAUUUAUAUAUUUUUUUUUUAGAUUCGGAGCUUAGUGAUAGAUCCAUAUGUGGUUUUUUUUUUUGUGUCUGAGUAAUUAUUUUACUGAUGUAUCAAGUAUAAUAUAAUUAUAAAUAAUAAUUUAAUAUAACUUUUCUUUUUUAUUUAUUUAUUUUAUCUUUUAAUUUUAUCCAGUUGAUGCAUAGGAAGGUGAUUCUUUGAUUUUCAAAAUAGUUUUUAUAAUAAUUUAGAAAAGCUAACUAGGUUAAAAUACUAGAAAAUACCAACUAGGUAUAAUAUGAUAAUUAAAUAAAAUAUGAUUUUGCUCAAUAUUAAUUAGGAUUACCUAUUUUUGUUUGUUUUAACAACUGUAAUUUGUAGUCAAUAGUAGUGCUAUUUUGUUACAUUCUUUAUACAUAUGAUAUAUAAUUGAAUCUUGUAUUUUGCUGGAGUGCUGGGUGUAUUGCAUGUGUAUAAGGUGUAAUAUAACAUCUAAUAGAUAAUCAAAAUAAACAAUUGUAUUAGAUAUAUUUGCAAUCCCUGAAUUUGAAUUUCAUAUAAAUACAUGUUCAGUAUAUGUUAAAAGAUAGAGGAAAAUAUCUAGGGAGAUCAUUAAGGAUUGACAUUUUACAUGACAAAAAAAUUAAUUAAAUUCAUUAUUAUAUAUAUUUUGUGUGUGUUAAAGAUAAUUUGGAAUUAUAAUAAUUUUAAAAUUUAAAACAAUUAAUUAAAAACUCAGUUACCAAAACAAUAAAAUAAUACAUCUGUAUUAUAUUUAUUUCUUGUUUCAAUACUUCAUAUAUUAUUAUAGAUCUAUUUUUUAUGUUUGAACUAGAUUAUCUUACUACUAACAAUAAUGACAUAAUAAUUGGGCUAUAACAUAUCUAAUAUUAUAUUGAUUCAUUACUUUGGAGAUUCAAACACCUGUAAGGUAGAACUCAUUAAAAUACUUGUGUUUUUGUAUAAUAUCAGCUUUAAAAAAGACAACACCUAAAAAAUUAAAUAGCAACGUAUUAAAAGUAUGCAUCAACAACAAUAGUUAAAUUAGAUUUAAAUAAUAAUAUUCGUUUUACAGUUUUAUUUUACCUGAUGGAUUUAUUUUUACUGUAAUCAGUGAUUCUGAUUUUAAAAUGUGUUUCCUAGAAUUGUCUGCAAAUAAAUCCUAUAUAUAUAUAUAUAUAUAUAUAACAAAAAAUUAAUACAUAAUUUCUAGAACAGAAUAUACAUCAGUUUUCUAAUAUUAAAUUAAUUAAUCAUUAAUCUAAAUCUGAUUAAAUCAAAUUAAAAUAAUAUUUAAUUUAACAACUUUAUAGAUACCUAAUAAAAUAAUAUUUAAUAUUCAAAUAAUACUCAAAUUUUUGAAGAAAAUUAUUCAAUGUUAAAGAAAAACUGACAAAUUUGUGAUGUGUAUUUUAAUUUUAGUUAAGGAGUUAUGCAUUUUUAAAUGCAAUAAAUUGCUUCUAGUUUAAAAAUAAUACUGCUCUAUACUAAAUAUGAUUUAUGCCUAUUUUCCCUAAACAAAAUAUGAAAUUCUUAUGAUUUUUUUUUUUGUACGUUUAUUAAUUUUACAAUUACAAUUAUUUUUAAAUUCCAUAAAAUUAAUUUUGAAUCGAAAAACAAAACACUUGUAAGGUUAAAUGUUAAUAAAUUAACUUACUACAAUUUUGUAUCCAUUUGAAUAAUGUAAUCCUAAAUUAUUUAAUGUAAUAUUGUAUAAAGCCCGUGUUCCUAAUGUUCGACGAUUAACAAAAGCAAUUGCAUAUGAGUAAUAUUCUGAUUCUUUGGGCUCAAUUGGUCUUGUCCAAAUUUCAAUUCCUUGAUCCUGAAAGUCAUAAAUGUUAAUUUAUUAGUUAGUGUCUCACCCAAAAUUUGAAGUGUGUGUUUGUUAUUUUUUUUCGCUGCUUUAAUUUAAUUUGUUUUUAUAUUCAUGGAUGUUUUCAAAGUAAUAAAUAUACAACCUGAAGAAUCCUUUUGCCUUGAAUUCCAAGUUUAUCUUGAUUCACUCGAAUUACUUCAGUGUUUUGUAAUAUUCUCUUGAAUUCUGGUUUUACAGUAGACAAUUUAUUUGACAUAAAUAAAGGUGCUGCUAAAAUAGCCCAUAGAGCCAUUUGUGUUUUGCUUUGAUCAUAACUCAAUGCAAAAUUACCUAUUAAUAACUUUAAAGCAAAAUAAUUUUAAUAUUCUUUGUCAUUUAUUAAGAUUAGGGAAAUUAUUUUUAUAAAUUAUUAAUAUAUUUAUUCAAGUACAGAAAUCUAACCAUAUCUGGAUCAUUCCAAUGUCCUGGACCUGCAUAUUGAGUCCAAUUAUCUUGGUUUGCUGCAAAUACAUCAAGGACAUUGAAUAGAGAAUCAUAUGAUUCCUGUAUAUCCCAGUAAUUUCUCCAUAAGUUACAUGAUUGAGAUACAUGUGUGUAGUUAACCUAUUGAAAAAAAAAAAAUAUCAAUAACCUUGUUAUUAUUGUUUUACUAUCUAUAGAUCCUUACUUUCAUUCCUUUACCUUCUUGAUAAAAUGGCCAACAGCAAGAGUAUAUAAUUGGUCUUCCAGUUUCAUUCAAAUAUUUUCCAAAUCGAGGGAAAUCUAUAAAAGUUAAUGUAAAUAUACAUUUAUUCUUUUGUUUGCAUAAGAUGUUCUGUACAAUAUUACCUACAUCCAUGUUUCGUUCAUCUGUGUAACAGCCAUCUAGUUUUACAUAAUCAACUCCCCAUUCUGAAAAUGUUUGAGCAUCGAUUUGUUCAUGGCCUUUUAUACCGGCAUAACCUUCACAAGAUUUAGUACCAACACUUUCGUAAAUUCCAAAUUUUAAGCCUUUAGAAUGAACCUGAUAAUCAAAAAAAGGAAUAUAUAUAUAUAUAUGGAGCAUGGGUAAAAAGUGGCAAUGUCUGAUGAAAAUGAGUGAUAUGGCCAAUCAUAUAAUUUUUAGUCUGGUCAGACCACAGUAAUAUACAUUAGUCUAUAAUCGUUUUUAUAACAUAAUAAUAUGAUAGUUAAGUUUUAAUUUUUAAAAUGCCCAAAAGAAAGUGCACAUUUAAUGAAAAGUUACAANACAUUUAAAAUCGGAACGACAUAAUAUAGCUGCUAGAGCGUCUAAAUCUCAAAAAUUGUCAAAUUUUUUUUCUCCAAAAACACAAUUUGCUGAUAAAGAACAAAAAUUAGAUGCAGGUGAAGGAAUUUUUGCUUAUCAUACUUGUAAACACAGUCAAAUUCUCAAUUCUAUGGAUUGUACUUCUCAGUUCGUAAAUUAUAUGAGAAAAAAUUGACUUGUGGUAGAACUAAAACAAAAUCUAUCAUCACUAAUGUAUUUUUACCCUAUGCUGUUAAUGUUUUAAAAAAAGAUUUACUCAAGUGCAAUUUUGUAUCAAUUAUGACUGAUGCAUCUAAUCAUAAUUCUCAAAAAAUGAUACCCAUUUUUGUUCGCUAUUGUCUAUCUGACGAUCCGUUAAGGGAGAUUUCACUGUAUUUGAAAUAGACCUUUUUUUAGUCCCGUAUUUUGAAUUUUGAAAUCUGGUAACCCUAUACAUGUAGACUGUUUAUCAUUAUUUGACUGAAAAAACUGAGUAGAUUAUAGUUUGACAAUUAUUAAAAAAGUUUGUGAAUACUAUUCAAAUGUUUAUGCUAACACUUGAUAAUGUUAAAUUAAAUUAAAACGUUACAUUACAUUACUCUUACAUAAUCAGCGAGAGCUUUAAUCCCAUGUGGAAAUCUUUUCUCAUCAGCUUGUAAUUUUCCAUCUGGUGUUCGGUUGUAUGUCAUCCAGCAGUCGUCAAUCACAACAUAUUUAUAUCCUACUUUAUCAUAUCCUUCACUUAUUAAUAAAUCUGCAGUAGUCAUAAAUAAUUGUUCACUAUUAAAAUUUAAAACAAAUUGUUUACAAUAAUUAGAUAAAAGUUAAGUUUGUUUUAUAUUAUUUUUACUGAGGUUUUUACCUUACACAUUCGUCUGGAAAAUUAUUACAAUCUAUUGUACAUCUGAACCUUUGCCAAGCUAGCCAACCCAUUGGCGGCGUUAAAGCUAAUCCAUUGUCUAGGGCUGAUGUAAUUUUGCAGGCAAAAUAUACACACAGCCAAACUUUCAUAGUUAAAUUUAACAUUUUUAUUUGCGAAAAAAACAAAUAUUAUCAAGCACUAUUGAUAAUUGAUUUCAGUUAAUAAUUUCAGUUGUACUCAUUAAAUUAUCAAGUCUAUUUGUUAAAAAUCUCCCAUACUGUAUUAAAAAUGACUAAUAUUUUUAAUUUAAUAUAGACCAUUUGAGUAACUAGUUCAUAAGUUGAUGUUAGUACUGUAACUGUUGUCAUAAUGAUUGUUCCCAGAAUGACAGAUAACUUUUGAGUAGAUAAUGACAUCUAUUAUGUAAUAUUACAGUCGGUUCAGCAAUUUAAAUCUAUUCAUCUAGUCUGUUUAUUAUUCUUUAGUCUUAUCGGUGUUGAUUUUCAUUCAUUUACCAUCUCUUUUGUUUUGCAUUAAAUAAAAUAAAUUAGUGUGACCUUAAAACAAAUUCAGAAAAUUAUCUUUUGUAACAAUAUUAGUAUAGAAUAUUAUAAAUUUAGUUUUAUUUUUAUUUCGUAUCCUCUACCCACGUCAUAUUUUAUGUUCAUACAAAGAAAUAUAAAUUUUGACCUAAUAGGUAAUUAAUAAUUUAAUUAGUAAUUUAAACUAUUUUACUAUUUAUUUAGUUGGCUAAUAAUAUUUGCUUAUAAAUUAAUAAUAUCCUAAUAAUUUGAAGGUAAAUCUGCCAGAAAAAUACUUAAAUAACAAUAAUUUUAAUAAUAUUUGUUACCUUUACUUUAAUUGCUCGGUUAUUUUAUUUAAGUAAAUAGCUCAAUAUAAUAAACAUUUACAACCCAAUUUUAGGUAACGAUCACAUUUAUUGUUUUUUUUUCUCCAUUCAACCAUAGAACCAAUGCCAAAUAACUAAAACAAAUUAUGAAAUAAUAUUGUAUGGAAUUGAGUUUUCAUACUUAAAAUAAUUAUUAUUUCUUGAUGUGUGUUUAAUAUUAUACUUAUUAAUAUAUAAUAGCAUAUUUUGUUGAGGAAAACAUAGAGUAACUUACUACUUAAAAAUCAUUGUAGGUUUGACAAAAAUAUUUUUAUUAAUGUAGAUAAUCAAAUAACAAAAAAAGUUAAUACUUUUCGAUAUACUGAGUGUCUUAUGUUAUGUUGAUCACUUUGUGCAUAUAUAAAAUAGAUACCUAUAUUAGUUUCAGUAAAAUAAUUUGGUGUAGUCCAAUACAAAAUAAUAUUUGUAACCUAAUAAUUUACUUCACAUUUGAUUGAUGGUAUCUUAGGUUGAUGUUAAAACAAUCGUCCUCUGAUUAUUAAAUUACAAUGACAAAUUCGUUUUUUUCUAAACUUUGUUAAUUAAACACUUAAUUUUGUUUUCAAUAAAAACUACCUUGAUUAAUGGAAUUACGUAGAUACCUAGUUAGAUAUAAUAAAAAAUAUAUUAUGAAUCAUUGGCUACCCAGUAAAACCUGUUUAUUUUAACACAUUUUACAAAACUUUGGCAAAAAAAAAAUGACUUCAUUAAUGCAUCAACGAGAUCAAAAAUGCAACAAGAUAGUUCUUAUACAAUUUUUGAUAAAAAAAUUGUUUGAAUACACAAAAAUAAAAAUUACUUGAGAUUUUGUUGGAUAUACAACUAAUUGUAAAAAAAUGAAGUAAAUUCUUUUAAUGAAUAUUUAUUCAUUAAAGUAAUACAUUGUAGUGAAUCAUAGAUUUAUAAAAAUUAAUAUAGUUUCUUGUCAAUGAGUAACUUAAAAAUGUUGAUAUUAAUUAAUUGGUAUGAAUAAUAAUUUCUUUUAAAAAGUUUGUAAUUUUUUUCAUAUACAUAUCUACUAUAUAUAUAUAUAGAUACAUAAAUAUUUCACAAAAAAAGCUGCAUCAGAGUUAGUUACAUUUUAAUAGUGUUUAUAAAACAUAUUAAUUUUUUAAUAAUAUUAUUAUAUUUUUAAGUAAUAUUUUAUUUAUAUAAUCAUUUAUGGAGACUAUGCCAUGGUUCAUAAGUCGCAUACAGAUGUUUACUGUAUUUUCACUAUACAUUAUUUUCUAUCCUAUUAUAGAUAAGAAAUUGUUGUUGUUGUAUUGCUACAUAUAUAAUUUUUUAGAACUCAAGCUGAAAUUUCACAACUAUGCCGUGGUACGAUUAGUUUACAUGGAGCUACUAUACACACAGAAGAUUCAUGCACCAUUGUUAUAUCGAACGGAGGUGCUCAAACAUUUCAUCUUCGUGCCACUAGUGAAGUCGAACGUCAAAGAUGGGUUACAGCAUUGGAGUUGGCCAAAGCUCGUGAAAUUGUUCAAACACAUCCUGGUAUUUAUAAAAUACAAAUAGUAUUUCUAAAAAUAAAUGAUACAUAAUAUACAAAUAUUAAUGCUUUAUUUCUUGUGUAGUAAACACUAACAGUUAUUAAGAUUAUAAUUAUAAUAACAACUAUUUUUUAAAAUAAAUUUUAGCCAUAUUAAGUAUUAAAUACAUUCAUAUAAUAGAAUAAUUUUUAGCUUCUAUGUGUUACUCAUCUAUUUAAGUUAAAGAUUUCUAAUAGUUUGGUACGUAAUAAUAUUAUAUAUUAAAAUAAUUUUUUAAAUUAUAAAACUGUUUUUAGACAGGUAUAAGGAAAAGGAAUUGAAUACAAAUUUGGAAGUUACAUCAGCAGUGUCAUCUUUAAAUAAAAAACUAUCAGAGUUGCGUUCACAAAGUGAAAUCAUAUCCAAACAUAGCAAAGCUCUUCAACGGUGCUUAACAGAACUAGAAUCAAUAGAUUUACCUCCUGAUGUGUCUACAAAAAUAAAAGCAUGGAUGGAACGUGCAAAUUUGAUUCGUAUUGCUUCUGUUGGUAUGGUAACUGUACGUAUUCACAGACUAUUAUUAGUGCUUGUUUGUUUAUUUAUUUUUGUUUCUACCAGAUAAAAAAUAGAAAGUAUUUUAUAAACAAAUUAAUUUAUACUUAAUAAAUUAAAAAUUAAACAAAUAUCAAUUUACAUAUUUACAUAUUAUGCUGAUAAGUAUAAAGAAAUACAGUUAUAAUUUUUUCAAUUUAUUUUUAUCUAGGUAUUUAAUGUUAAUUAAUUUACAAUUCACUUAUCUAUUAAAAUUAAUUUUAAAGCUAUUUAUAGGUAUUUUAUUUUUGCGAGUUUUUUAUUUGAUAGACACUAUGAUAAUGAACAGAAAUGGCUAAAAAGUUAACAGGAUGUUUAUUAUAAGUUGUAAUUAGUGGUAAAAAAAAAAAACUAAAGUGUAGUAAUUUCUUUUUUUGAUAAUGGUUUAAUAUCAUAUUUUGAUAAAAAUCGUAAAUAUCACUGGUUUCUAAUCAUGUUUAAAUGAAUUUCACUCAGAAUCAUUUUACAUUAGCAAUGGUUUAUAGUUGCUUGAAAAUUUAAAUUAAAUAACUUUAUAUAUCUUACUUACCAACUAAUCAUCUACAACAGUGACGCAUCAGCAGUAUCAGUUUUUUUAAAUUCGGAGAAUAGCGAGAGAUCUAUUAGGUUUUACAAUGAUUAUUAUUAUUUUUUGUAUUUGUAAACAACUUUUCUACAAGAAAUUUUGUUCCAAAAUAUAGAGUAGUAUAAUACCUUUACUGAAAAGAAAUCAUUUUUUAAUUAUCCAAUAGGUUUUCAAAAUAAUUAAGAAAAACCAAAAAGAAAAUUAGAGGUAAAAUGUCAAAUAUUUACAGUGCUUUGCGGCGUUACUGUUUUCACCGUUUUCGAUGAUUUCUAUCAGAAAUAUUGAUCCAAUCAAAAAAUAAUAAGAGAUUGGUUUUUUUUCCUUUUAAUACAUAUCCACAGAAUAAAAAAACUCGCGUUUUGAUAUUCAAAGUAGUUUUCAUAAUAAAUGGAAAAACCAAACAAUUUUAAUUAAUUAAUAUUUAUGGCAAUGUGGUGAUCGAGUUUAUUAUUUUAAUUUUUGCAAAUUAUGUUUUUUACUAGAAGUCUUGCUCCAAUUGAAAAAUGAAAAUACAUCAAUUUUUUACUUUAUAAUAUAUAAUCACUGACUAAAAGUAAGUCAGUUUUUGAUAUCUAAAGUAUUUUUCAUAAUAAUCGGAAAUAACUAAAAAAGACAAAAAAUAUAAUUUAUUUCAAAUAAUUAUGGCACAACCAUUUUAUUAAUUAAAAUUGUUAUAGCUUAUAUUUUAUACCGAAAAUUGCUCCAAUAGUAAAAUGAAAAGAGACAUUUUUAUAGAAUUUUUAAUUCAGCUUGUGAUCAAGAAAGUCAUUUUUGAUUUUCUUUAUAUAGAUUUUGAAAUAAUUGAACAAAAACAAAAAAUUCAUAGAAAUUGCAAAAAAAUUUACAAAAAUAAUUCUUCUAUUAUAAAUUUUUUUUUUUUUUUUUUUAAAUGAAAUUCAGUUAAAACUAUUUGUAAUGACUUAAAAUUUAAUGGAAAACUUAUAUUUGUGUUUUCCAGACGUGAAUAAUUUUCGAAAUAUUUGAGUCAUUUUUGAACUAUUUAUAAACACUUAUAUUUUGCAAGGUUAUUACUUAUUCCAUAGGUACUUUGUAUAUAAAAUUGUUAGUCUAAACAGAAAUGCUUGGAAAUUUGACAGAAUGUUCAUUGUAAUUUUUACUUAAAAAAAAAAAAGUAGGGUUGUAUUUUUAAUUUUUUUUAUAUAAGAUAUUUAAAACCAAAGUUUGUCGAAAAUCGUAAUAUUAUGGCCUAUCAAAACAUGUGUAACUGAAAUUGGCUCCGAAUCAUUUUUUGUUACUAAUGGUUUAUUGUUGGUUAUAGAUAUAAAUUAAAUAACUUUAUGUAUCCUACCUUCUCAACUACCCACAACAGUGGCCGCAUUCGUCUCCAGUAUCAUAGCGUUUUUUUUUUUUAAUUUCCUAAUUUGAAGUUUUAUAAAUAGUUCAAUAUGAGCAAGUAUUUACAUUUUUAAUUAUGGCCUUCUUAAUUAUUGUUCUUACCAAGGUUAUGAAAACGAGUCGGGCCAAAACCAGAAUCACUAUUCUUACUUAAUAUUAUUUUUAACAAAAUAAUUAUUCUUGUUAACACUUCGUAAGGUGUACGGCUUUAGAUGUCUCAUUUACGCCCACGGGGUUAAUAUUUAUCAACAUUAUUUUAUUAUUGUUAAUAUAUAACCUAUUUCGAUAAAAUUAACUGGUUAUUAUGAUAAAAUUGUAUUGUACUUUUAUUAGUAUUAUGUACUUAAUAAUAUGUUGAUGAUAUACAAAGAAAGUUUACAUUAUACAGAGUAAUUAUAAAAAUAUUUUUAUUUUUAAUGUCAGUAUUUUGUAAAAUUAUAAUAAAUCUAAAAAUGCAAGUCAUUACAAUUAAUAUUUGACAUCAUGAUUACAUAAUAAUUAUUAUUACAAUUUAGUAGGUAUACAAAAAUAAAUAACAUUCAUCUGCGUAACUUUGUGGACACAUGCUUAUCAGUCCGUUUUCGGUCACACAGGCAAAUAAGUUUUUGAUCAGGGCAAUAGCGACUUAAUGAGGCUUUCAAUGAUACACAGCACACAGAAUUAAGAUAAAACCAAUAACAGACAAUUUUUAGAUGUUAUAUUUGAAGCUAUUGAAGUGGUCAUAUAUCUACAUAUUAUAUUAUAUAUUUUAUACACAUUAUUAAAAUGUUUGGGGUAAUUAUAUACCCUGUAUGACGAGUUAAAAAAUAGAAAUUUAAUGCAUAUUUUUUUUUAAAAAAUGUCUGGGAGUUUUUUUGUAGCCAUUAGAAUUUUACUCUUUGUACAUUUUAAUUUUUGUUUUUAGUAAAAAUAAUGAAAAAUUGUAACAAUUUAAUUGAUUACAUGAAUACAAUUUCCAAUUGAAAAGAUGUUUAAUUAAGUUCUACUGAAAAUCCUUUAUUGUUGAAUUCAGUAUUUAAACCAGAUUGAUCUAACUUCCCUAUACCCUACAUUCCUACCUACAACAGUGACCUAUCUUUAGUGCAAAAUAAGUUUCAUUCUGCUUGUAACACUAAUACAAUUAUUUGAAAUAGUAUUAAUAAAUAUUAUAUUGUAUAUUUAGAUUAAAAUUAAAAAUCUAUACUAAUUAUUGAUUAAUGUAUUGACAAAUAUUCUUUAAAAUAUGUUUAUCAUUUAUUAUAUUAGUUGUAUGUUAUUACAGACUAUUAACUAUUGUACAAUUAUGACUUGUUUUAGAAUUGUUCGGAGUAUUUAGAUUUGGCUCAAAGUCAGGGUAAUAAAUGGCAAAAGAUGUUGUAUAACGAACGACGACAACGUAUACAAUUGGUCGAAAUGGUAGAUCAAAUUGCUAGGGAACAGACUGUUUUAGAGCAUGUAGCUAAUAGCGACAAACAAGGUAAUUAAUAUUGAUAAUAUAAAUAAUAAAUAUAAUAGACAUUAGUAUAAACAAAUAUAUUUUACAGUGAAGAGGUUAUCUUUUUUUUUUGUGUUUGAUAAAAAUGAAAUUAAAUCAAUUAAUUAAUGAAUAAUAAUUUAAACAUAAUAUGAUCUGUUUAUGUAAACUCAUAUUAUAUGUUAAACUUUUUAAACCAAUAAGACAAUAUAACUUUAAAUAAUUUGAGUAAAAUUAUAUACUCGCGUAGAAGUUUGUUGAAUUCAUCAUUGGUAAUAUUGCAUAGCAUUACUUUUAGUCAUAAUUCAUAAUAAUAUUAUGUCUUAGGUUACUAACAUUGAUUAAUUAUAAGAUUGAAUUUAUUUAUUUUAAUACCUAAAAUAACAACUUGACUCAUUGUAUUAUAAUUGCCAACUAGAUAUUACAACAUUUAAAAUCUACUUUAAAUCUAUUAUCCAUAGCUAACAGAAUGUAAAUUAAAUUAAUGUUUUUACAAGCAAUUAAAAAGUAGAAUACCUAUAACAUUUAUGAUUUUUAUAAUUUCAAUUUUUUUCAAUUAAUUUUCAUUUAAAAUUGUGUAAAAUAAGUGUACUUAAUUAUUAAAAUUAAUAUGCUCAUCUUUUAGACUCUAAGUGCAGCAAGAAAUGUAUUGGUUUACUAUAAUGUGUAUAAUUUUUUUUUCUGGUGUUAAUCAUUUUUCUACCAGAAUCUUGCUCUAAUCAAAAAAAUAACAAAAAAUUAUUUUAGUAGCAUUUUGGAUGAAGCUUGUGCAUUAGAAGGUUAUUUUCUUGAUUUAUCCCAACCAGUUCAUUAUAGAAUUGGGAAAACCAGAGAAAAAAACAUUUAGGAAAAACGAGAAAUUUUACAGAACACUGUAUCAUAGUAUCAUUAUUUUUGAUUUUGUUUGUUUUGUAAUUUGGUUAAAAUUAAUAUUGUAAGAAAUUGUAAUUUUAACAGAGUACUUAAAUUGGCCUUUUCUAUUAGUGGUAAAAUAUUCUGAUGAUUUUUAUGUUAUUUAGCAUUUAGGAAUUUGAUAUUUUCAAGUUUAAGGUUUUAGGUAAAGGUUUUAUAGGUUUUAUUUGAAUAAAAUUGUUUUAGCAGAUCAGAAAUGCUUGGAAAUUUGAUAUGCUUAAAAAUUCUUAAUUUUUUUAAAUUGUUUAAAGUUGUGACUUUAUUUGCCCCUCGAUGGGGCAAAUAUUAUAUAAUAUUGAAGUAAAAUCCAUUUAUACCUUCUUAUAUAUAGGUCAAAUAGACCAGAAAAAAUUCAUAUGUUUUUUUAAAAAAAACUAUUUUUUCAUAAUAUUUAAUAUAUUUGUGAUACAAUUUAAUCUUAUAAUACAUGAUCUUUAAAUAAUAAUAAAAAAAAUUACAAACUGAUAGGUCAAUAAUCAUUAAACUUGGUUACCUUAGUUUCUUCUUUAUCCAAACAAUAUUAAUUUUUUAAUUAUUUAUGAAAAGUUGUAUGUAGUUUAUAUUGUUUGAUUUAGUUUAUACUUAAAUAGAAAAAAAGAAACCAGUAUCUAAAUUUAUAAAUUGUUAAUUAUUAUUUUUAUGAUUACUAUAAUUCUAUGUUAGAUUAAUCAUAAAUCAUAACAUUUUAAUUAUGUUUAUGUUUACUUCUUAUAAUGGUAAUUUAAAGGUUAUAUUUACGCACUUUGUGUCAUAUGAUAACCUCAAAAUCAAUUACUUAAACAAAGUUGUGUUUAUUAACUAAUACUUUUAACAAAUAUUUUAAAAUAUAUGUAUGAUAGAACAGUAAAAUAUUUUUCAAGUAUAUUAUAAUAUACUAAUCAAGCAUAUUUGUUUAUUAUUGUUAUUAUAAUUUUCAUAUUUCAUCAUUUGUAGAUAGCAUAUUUUUUUUAUUAUCCUCUUAAUUGUAUAAUAUUUAAUUUUUUUGUGUCAUAAAUAUGCAGUAUGUAACAUUACAUAACUAUACUAUUGAUUAUAAUAAUUUAAUACACGUUAUUAUAAAGUUUUCAUUUAGAAUACAGCUGUUCACUAUAUAUAUUGUUUUUGUGUACUAAACAUUAAUAAUAUUAAGUAUUAAUUUUAUUAUUAACAAUAAUAAUUUAAUAUUAUGAUAUAAGGUAAUUCUACUGAUGAUGAUGAUGAUGCUUCAGACAGCUGUGAAUUUUUUGAUGCUCAAGGUGGUGAUACCUUUGAUUUAACUUCUAAUAAUUAUCUAGUUAAUCAUCAGUCUCCAAAUAUUUUGCAACACAAAUCUCUUUCAAGCACGCAGGUAUUUUUAUUAGUUUUUAUUGAAAUAACUUGUAACAUUAAAAAAUAAACGAACAUUCCAGGCUCUAGAAAAAUUAGUAAAUGAAGAACUAGAUUGUAGUGGAGGUUCUAGUAGUGAUAUUGAUGAUCCUGCCGAAUCAUCAGCUAUUUUAACAGCAGCAAUUUGUUCGUCAACUGGUUUAAAAUCUGAUUGUGUAUGUUUUAUACAUUAUAAUUAUUAUUAUUCUAUUAUUAUUGUAUGGUAUAAUAUGCAAGCGUCACAGAUUAAAUACAGUUAUAUAAAUCAUGAUUUAUACAUUAUAAUAAAAUAUCAAUCAAAGCCUCAAUUAAAAGCUAUUUUUAUAAUUCAUAUUACUAUUGUUUUUUUUUCAUUUUAGGAUGAGAACAAUAAAUCCUCUAGAAUGUUUCCUGAGCUUUCUGAACAUGCAAAAAAAAUGCUUGAGGAUGUCAUUAAACAUCCUUUAAAACCAGGAGACAAACGGAGAUGUAGGGUGCCUGACAAGCCCAAUCAUCCAUUACAUAUUUGGAGUAUUUUGAAAAAUUGCAUCGGAAAAGAUUUAUCUAAAAUACCAAUGCCGGUAUUUUAUUGACUUUUUUUUUGUUAGCAUAACAUUUUUACAUACAAUUAUAUAUUAAUAGGUAAAUUUUUCUGAACCGUUAUCAAUGCUUCAAAGAAUUACUGAAGAUUUUGAAUAUUCAAGUAUUCUGGACACAGCUGCUCAGUGUAAAGAUCCAUUUGAGCAGUUAGCCUAUGUUGCUGCGUUUACAAUAUCUUCUUAUUCUACUACUGUCAACCGGACAAGUAAACCUUUUAAUCCUUUGUUGGGAGAGACAUAUGAAUGUGAUAGAAUGGCAGACCUUGGUUGGAAGGCAUUUAACGAACAGGUAAACAUAUUAUCUAAAUAUCAAUACCUAUUAUCAGUAAUUUGCAUUCAAAUCAAAUAUUUAUAGGUGUCACAUCAUCCUCCGAUUUCUGCACAAUAUUGUUCUGGUAAAGAAUGGUUUUGUUGGCAAGAAUUUUCAAUGUCAUCAAAAUUCCGUGGAAAAUAUUUGCAAGCCAUUCCCAAUGGUACUGCUCACCUUGAUUUUCCAUCAUCUGGUUAGUUGAAAAUUACUUAGCUCAUUUAAAAUUUCAUUAUUAGGUAUUAUGGGUUUCGAUUUUUCACAAAUUUUUGUAUUAUUCAUAGGGAACCAUUACACUUGGACCAAAGUAACCACAACUGUUCAUAAUAUAAUUGUUGGAAAAUUAUGGGUUGAUCAAACUGGUGACAUGACAAUAACCAAUCAUAAAGAUGGAUCUAAAUGCCGUUUGAGUUACAUACCCUACAGUUAUUUCACAAGAGAUCAACAGAGAAAGGUAGUUGUUGAAAUAGUGUGAAUUUUUGUGAGUUAAUUGGUGUAAUUUUUACAUUUCCUUUUAGGUAAAAGGAUAUGUUUUUGAUAAAGAUAAUGAAAUUAAAUGGGUAGUAAAUGGAACAUGGGACAAUAAAAUUGAAAUAGCUCCUGUUACUAAAUUUGAAGGUCCAAUUGAAAGUCCAACUUGUCAAACUGGAAAUUAUAUAUUGGCCUGGCAUAGACAAAUACCUCCGUAAGUAUUGCAACAUGUCAAAUUUAGUUAAAAAUUAUUUAUGAAAAUAGGAUAUGAUAAAAAUUUUUUUUUUUUUUUGUAAAUGUAGAUCUGACAAUGAAAAAUACUAUAAUUUCACUGUGUUAGCAAGUCAGUUGAAUGAAAUGGAAGAAGGCGUGGCACCCACAGAUUCAAGAUAUCGAUCAGAUCAGCGUUUGAUGGAGUUUGGUCUUUGGGACGAAGCUAAUAUUGAGAAAUUGAAUUUAGAAGAAAUGCAAAGAAAUCGAAAUCGCAGAACAAAUGCUGCAGUAACUGAUUCUAAUAUCAAUGAAAAUGGUAUAACAAAUUAUUUAAAAUUUGUUAUAGUUUAAAUAUUAGUAACAUAAUUUCUUUUUGAUAUUUUUUAAAUGCAGAGGUUAUUAAACAAUUAUUAGAAUAAUUGAUUAAAUAAAAUCACAUGAUAUUAUUUUAUUUUGUAGAAGAGGAUGAUGAUGAAAAUUUUGAUGAAAAUGUGAAUAGUGCUGUCAAACCUCUAUGGUUUAAACGUGAUGUGUGCAAAUGGACAAAUAAACCUUGUUAUACUUUUACACAUGAGUAUUGGGAGUGCAAGCAAAAGCAAGAUUGGACCCGGUGUCCAUCAUUAUUUUAA